UCAGCACUCUCCAACACAACAAACAGACAGCAACUCUUACAACCACAACAUGGCCGGCAACUUUGGACGCACUUUAACAAAUGAUGAGGAGCUGAGAAUAGUGAUGGUGGGAAAAACUGGAAAUGGGAAGAGUGUCACUGGAAACACCAUCCUGGGUAGAGAAUGCUUUGAAUCAAAGUUCAGUUCAAAGUCUAUGACUGUAGACUGUCACAAGGGCAAAGGCACAGUUGAGGGACAAAAGAUUGCUGUUAUUGACACCCCAGGUCUGUUUGACACCAGGUUUGGAAUGGACAAGACAGCUAAAGAUAUCAGCCAGUGCGUCACUUAUGCUUCUCCUGGUCCCCAUGUGUUCCUGGUGGUCAUCCGGCUGGGUAGAUACACUCCUGAGGAGAAGCAGACGGUGCAAGGGAUUCAAGAGCUCUUUGGCCAGGCUGCAGACAGAUACAGCAUGGUUCUCUUCACUGGUGGUGACCUGUUGGAAGAAACCACGAUUGAGGAUUUCUUGGCUGAAAGCCCGGACUUGCAGGAACUUGUGGACAGAUGUAACGGCCAGUACCAUGUUUUCAAUAAUAAGCAAAAAAAAGAUCGCUCUCAGGUCACUGUGCUGCUCCAGAAGAUCAGAGACAUAGCUAAGAAGAAUGGAGGGAAUCACUACACCAAUGAGAUGUUCCAAGAGGCUGAGAGGGCAGUGGAGGUGGAAAAACAACGCAUCCUGAAGGAGAAAGAAGAACAAACACGCAAAGAUAAAGAAAAGCUGGAGAGGGAAGAACAGCGUAAAUAUGAAAGAAAGAUGACUAGAAUUAGAAGGCAACACCAAGCUGAGAGAGAGAGGGAGAGGGAAGAGAGAGAAAGAGAAAGACAGAGGGAGCGGCAGAGGAGGGAAUGGGAGAGGGUGAUGGAGGGACAGAAAAGAGAAGCUGAGAGAAGAAGAGCCCAAGAGGAAAGAAAGAGGGAGACUGAAAAUACAAGGAUGCUUUUACAAAGACAGCAAGAAGAAGAGAUGAAAGAGAUGGAAGAGGAAAGAGAAAGGCAGAGAAGAAGGCAAGCAAGUCAAUCUGAACCAGACAACGAUUGUACUAUCCUGUGA